CGUAGAACACCCAAACCCAAAAUUGCAAUUGUUUCUACCGCCUGAGCUUUGAUUCUGUAUAGUUCUGUACCAGCUCCUGUCAUCCUACAAACCCUGACUAUAUAAACGUUGUGCUGUAUAGCCGCUUGUAGAGCUGGCUUCCCCUCGUGUAGCUGCUCCAAUACAAAAGUCCAAGUCAAUAACAGCUAGAAAUGGCCUAGCCACAACCUGCUUCUACCGUUCGUCAUACGCUGACAAUCGCCGAAUACUGGAAUCGGGUCAUAUACACAGUCCAAAUUUACUUUAAAAAUGUUUCUGGCUAACAAAGGUCUCGACAAACAGCGACGCUUACAUAUCGCCGCGAGGGAGGGAGAUAUUGAACGCAUAAGUGACUUGCUUGAAUCUGGUGACAAUGUCAACGAAACAAAUGCGGAUGGGGAUACGCCCUUGCAUUUGGCUGUUUGGAAACAGUCCAAACCGGCAAUAAGGCUACUGGUCCUUAACGGUGCAAGCACAAUAAAACACGACGCUAGGGGGAAGUCGCCAUUAGAGAAGGCGAAGCAAUGGGGUGGUGUAGAACUUGAAGCAUUUUUGAUUAAGGUUCUGGAAGAUCAUCAUGUACUCCAAUCGGACCUGAGAACAUAUAUGCUUACUGAAGACUGGAACGAAUUCGACAAAACCUUGGAAUACAGAGGCCUCAUCAAUACUUGUCGCGUAGAAGGACGAACUCUACUACAGAUAGCAGCACAGUUAGACUUGUCUGAUGCCAUUCGAAAGCUCCUUGACCGUGAUGCAAAUAUCCAAGCGCGAGAUGAGGAUGGUCAGACAGUACUUUACCUAGCAGCACAAUCAGGCUCGUUUAAAGCUAUUCAACAGCUCCUUAUAAGUGGUGCAGAUAUCUAAGCACAGGACAAGGAUGGUUAGACAGCACUUCACCUAGCAGCACAAUUAGGCUCGUUUAAAGCUAUUUAACAGCUCCUUAUAAGUGGUGCAGAUAUCUAAGCACAGG